CACAUGGAACACAACAACCACAACGCCCACCAGGAGGCCGACGCCCACCUGACACACCACAACCCCCAGCCUGUGCCAGCUCAUGCCAAGCUCUCCGCCCAUCACGUUGACCCAAAACCCGCCCACACCGUCAAUGACGUUUACUUCACUUCAAAUGUCAUGGAGGGCGUAGCAGUCAACAGCGCCAGUCAUGCAGUCACCAUCAUCAUCGUCGUGUGCGUCGGAUUCCUCGUGUUCAUGGUGGUCUUGGGCGUGAUCCGUGUCCGCGCCGCCCACACCCGCACACCCACGAGGACGUCGCAGAUGCCGAAAUGGCGUGGGAUGAUUCCUCUCUCAACAUCACGUUAA